AUCCAGUAAGGUUGCAAAUUCCCCGGAUGGAAGGGUAAACAAGAUGAUCGUGGAGGACAGUCGACAAGGCUGAUGUGCACCUGCAUCCAUAAAAACAAGCGCUCGAGACGAAGAUGUGCAAGGACACUUAUAAACAUCAUGCAGCGAUGGGUGCAGGUGAUUAGCUGGGAUGAGCAAAAAACAAUGGAGGCUAUUGGAGAAAGCCAGCGAAUGAAUCUGAUUUUACAUCCAAGCCCUGCGUAAUAAAAGACGUCGCCCAUCUCCCCCUGCUUGCCCAUCGAAGUACCGAGACCUUUUCUGUUCUCGUCAAAGCGAGACCAAGGAAGGACAAACUAAUACCGAGACGAUUACUGAAGAAAAAUACAUGAAAGAAAAGCUGGCUGAGGUGAUGGGUAAUAACACCAGUGAGCCGCCUAAUGGUCCAGACAUUGCAGCUCAUCAGGAUGAUGAUGACAUCAGCAGUGUCACAGCUAAAGUUCAUCAUUGUGACUCAUACUUUAAUAUGAGCGCAUCAUCACGUUGUGACACUUUCCACGAGGGGCAUAUUUGCUUAAGCACACCUUCAUCACGCUGACAUCACGGAUGACACCACCGGGUUUAUUUUCCUGCACUUGACAUUGCUUCCGUCGGGAAACAUGCAAGGCUUCACGUAAAUAAUCGGACAUGAGAAACAGCAGGUGAGUUUCCUAGGUGUUUUGUUCGUUUUCUGGUAUGUUUCCAGGAAGCGUCUCUAGAUAUGGAGCGUCGAGCCUCAGCCCAGAGCUGCUGGCCUCUCUGCAGUCUCUCGGAGAAAAUACUGACUACACACUACUGCCACACUCGCUACACCAGAUCGCAGAAGCCUGCUCACUCCAAGAGGACUACCAGUUGGCCAUCCAGGUUCUCCAGCUAGAGAAGCUCUACCAUGAGCGUGUGCUUUUUAACCUUACUGUCCUGCAGGAGAACUGGGAGAGCCAAUGCAAAGAGAAGGAUGCUGCCAAGAGCUUGCCUCCUGAAACAGACAACAUUGGUCAGAAACACAUUGAGACGCUGAGACACAUCUGUGGGACACACCUCAAACCAUCCCUUGGUGAGGAUAGAACGCUAAUCGACGUAACAAGACAAAGCAAGAAAGAGGCGCCCCAUCAGGGAAAAGCAAGCAACCCUGAAAUAACAAAUGAAGAUGACAAAGAAGCGGGAGAAAUGAUCUCCAAGUCAAAUCAUCCUAACUAUCAUAAACCUGGAAUAUGCGAAGAGACGCUUGAGGAAAUGAAGGAAGAGGAUGAGGAAGAGCAGAACGUGAAGGUGGAGUGGCCAGCAGGAGUUCCGCAGGCAUCAGACACAGACCUGGCAAAACUUUACUAUGUAGAUGGGAGUCUGUCCUCCGAUGGUUUGGUUUCUAUUCUGAAGAGGAGGAGAGCAUCCCUGGAUGGACUGCCACCCCCUGGCAACAUAGACAACAAGAUGAACUCCAAACGCAAAGUUCGCUUUAUUGAGCCGCAAGAUGGCAUGGACCAAGAUGAAGUGGGUGGAGACUCCUGCUUGAUCCUGCUUCUGCUGUGUCUCGUUACCGUGGUGAUCAGCGUAGGUGGGACGGCGCUCUACUGCUCCUUGGUGGACAAGUCGUCCAACAUUUGCACCGACUUCACUCUGAACAUGGACUUCUACGUGACCAACGUGUGGAGUUUCUUCCAAGGUUUCCGACAUUGGCUGCCUCACGGAACAUAAGAGCCAUCGUGUGAAGUCUGAAAUAGUUCUGGGUCAAAGUCACAGACAGGAUGACAUCUGGGAUUUUAGCAUGACUUGGAAAUUGAGUUUUAAUCUCCAAGAAAGACCAAAAUAUAAAAUGUUUUAAGUCAGAAGAUGAUAGUCAACGUUUACUUGUGUGGAUCGUUUAUCCUAGACAAAAUCUUUACCUCAGAAGGGUUCUUGCUACUUUCACUUGUGUCCAUAUUUUAACAUAAAUACUCGUUACCCUCAUUUGUAUCAGUUUGUGGCUUUUUUUUAGUCUGAUGUUCCAAUUAUUCAUGACUUUCCAUUAUGAUUGCAGCUGCAUUGAUCCAUGGAAUUUAUCAUUUGUACUGUGUUUUUUUAAACAAUCUGUAAUAUUUGUUUAGAAGCCAUUUAUUUUAAAUCUAUCCAUCCACACAUUCACCAAAACCGUUAAGCUGGAGUCAAGUGGCGGCUUCAACAGGAAAGCCCAGUCCCCAGUCAAUUCUUCCUACUGUUUUUUUAGGGACCCCAAGGCAUUCCCACGCCAGUCGAGAGACUGUCAUGUCCUAGGUCGUCCCCAGGGCCUCCUUCCGGUUGGACAUGCAAGCAUCCUAAUAAAAUGCACGAGCCACACCCAUCUGGCUCCGCUCAAUAUGGAGGAGCAAUGGCUCGACUCUGAAUCCUUUGUGGGUGACCCAACUUCCCACACUAUCCCUGAAGGAGAGCCCAGGCACCCUGCAGAGGAAACCUAAUUUCUGCCCCUUGUAUUCAGGAUGUUUAUCUGAUGCACUAAUGCCCCAACUGUUUUACAUUCAAAAUCAGAUUUAAUAGAAAAUAGAGUGGGUAUUUUUGGUAUCUCAACAUUUACAGUAGUAUGGUUAGGAAAAAGUUUGGAAUAAUGUUAACUAUUCAUACUCCUUUUAUAUUGAAACAGAUUUUUUGGGGGUAUUGGUAAAAUUAAUAUGAGCUAAAAAUGUGUAACACUGAGGUUCAAUAUAAUAUUGAUAAAAAAAGGGAAUAAAUAAAUCAGCUCAUUAAUUAUU